AUGCUUGGACAUAAGUUUGAUUAUUCCUUAAAAGUUGUUGUUGUUGGUGACUCGGGUGUAGGCAAAACAUGCUUCCUUCUUAGGUUUGUUAGAGAUCAGUAUGAAGGCGAAACACAGCCAACACUUGGUGUUGAAUUUCUUACAAAAGUGGUUGCCACUGAAACUCAUAGAAUACAGUUGCAGCUUUGGGAUACAGCAGGACAAGAGCUUUUCCGCUCUGUUACACGCGGCUAUUAUCGUGGAUCUGCUGGCGCCAUUGUUGUUUUUUCACUUUCUAGCCAAGAUUCAUUCAAUAGUGUAUCACAAUGGCUUCAAGAUAUCAAAGAUGUUGCUAGAGCUGAUGUAGUCACUAUUUUGAUUGGAAACAAAUCUGAUUUGACAGAAGAAAGAUCUGUCACCCGUGAACAGGCAGAAGCCUUCGCUAAAGAACAUAAUAUGGAAUACUUCGAGACCUCUGCUAAAACAGGUGAAGGCGUUAUCGAAGCUGUUAAUGGAUGCGUCAGGCUUAUUGAAAAGAAGGUUGAUGAAGGCUCUUACGAAUUUCAAUCAGGUGGUAACGAAGAUAUUGUCUUCCACCCCGAAAAGAAAGAAUCAAAAUGUUGCUAA